GCAAGUUUAACUAAGUGAAAAAAGCUAUGGCGGAAACAACGAGUUGGAUCCCUGUAUGGUUUCCUGUGAUGGUUUUGGGAUGUUUUGUUCUGAAUUGGUUGGUUAAGAUGGUGAAUGUGUGGCUCUAUGAGUCCAGCCUUGGGGAGAACAGGCAAUAUCUGCCACCAGGUGAUUUGGGUUGGCCUUUCAUUGGUAACAUGUUGUCGUUUCUCAGAUCGUUCAAGACUUCUGACCCUGAUUCCUUCACCAGCACUUUAAUCAAAAGGUAUGGACCUAAAGGUAUCUAUAAAGCACACAUGUUUGGGAACCCAAGUAUAAUAGUAACAACACCAGACACUUGCCGGCGUGUGCUGACAGAUGAUGAUGCAUUCAAGCCAGGUUGGCCAACAUCUACAAUGGAACUCAUUGGAAGGAAGUCAUUCAUUGGUAUCUCAUUCGAGGAACACAAGCGGCUCAGGCGCUUGACUGCUGCUCCAGUCAAUGGCCAUGAAGCCCUCUCUACUUACAUACCGUACAUUGAAGAAAACGUUAUUACCGUUCUUGACAAGUGGACUAAAAUGGGAGAGUUCGAGUUCUUGACUCAUCUGCGUAAGCUUACCUUUAGGAUCAUCAUGUACAUCUUUCUCAGCUCUGAGAGUGAGAAUGUAAUGGAUGCAUUGGAGCGAGAAUAUACCGCUCUUAACUAUGGAGUUCGAGCAAUGGCAGUCAAUAUUCCUGGAUUUGCUUAUCAUAGAGCACUCAAGGCGAGGAAAACACUUGUAGCUGCCUUUCAGUCCAUAGUGACUGAGCGCAGAAAUCAAAGGGAGCAGAACAUUUUACCAAAUAAGAAAGAUAUGUUAGACAAUCUUCUUAAUGUUAAAGAUGAAGAUGGAAGAACUUUGGAUGACGAAGAAAUUAUCGAUGUUCUUCUGAUGUAUCUUAAUGCCGGUCAUGAAUCCUCUGGCCACACCAUUAUGUGGGCUACCAUUUUUCUACAAGAACACCCUGAGUUUCUUCAAAGGGCAAAGACAGAACAAGAAAUGAUCCUGAAAAAUAGGCCUGAAGGUCAAAAAGGUCUAACUCUAAAAGAAACCCGGCAAAUGGAGUUCUUAUCGCAGGUUGUAGAUGAGACACUUAGAGUCAUAACAUUCUCACUCACUGCGUUUCGGGAGGCAAAGACUGACGUCGAAAUGAAUGGCUAUUUGAUCCCAAAAGGUUGGAAGGUUUUGACAUGGUUUAGGGAUGUCCACAUUGACCCUGAAGUCUAUCCGGAUCCAAGAAAAUUUGAUCCUUCUAGAUGGGAUAAUGGUUUCGUACCAAAAGCUGGUGCGUUCCUUCCUUUUGGUGCUGGAAGCCAUUUAUGCCCAGGAAAUGAUCUCGCGAAGCUCGAGAUUUCAAUUUUUCUUCAUCAUUUCCUCCUGAAAUAUCAGGUGAAACGGAGCAACCCCAAGUGUCCAGUGAUGUAUUUGCCUCACACCAGACCAACUGAUAAUUGCUUGGCAAGAAUUAGUUAUCAGUAAAACAUUAGAUUUUCAUCUUAUCCGUUAAGUUCUAAUGAGAUGCCGUUAAGUUUGGUUUAUCAGUUAUAGAGUUCGUUAACUCUUUAGUAAAACAAUCGUUGUCAAAAAUAAAAGUUAAAACGGUAUUGUGACUAUAUAUAUAUAUAUACAUUUUUUUUUUUCUCUCGAAACUUCAUCAGACUACUUACUCUGUUCCAUGAAACAGAGCUUUGUUGUGUUCA